AUGUCAGAUACCUGUAUUGUUUGUUUAGGAGACCUUGGUGAAGCAGCGGGCGAUCCUCUGGAGCCUGUGAGCCUUGAUCUGAAGGAUGGCGACUUCAAAGAUGGACUCGAGGACUCCCAGAUCGCUCAGCUACUUCCCUGUGGUCAUGUCCUACAUAAUAAUUGCUUAAAACCAUGGGUUGAACGGGCGAACAGCUGUCCGAUAUGCCGACGCAGUUUCAAUAUGGUGGAGUUGAGUAACGAAGUUGGAGGCACUGUUACUUCAUCCUAUGCCGUUCAAGACCGAACACAAGUGGCCGAUGUUGAUCCUUCCAUGAUUAUUGAAUAUGUGGAGGAUGACCUGGCCGAUUUCCACCCGUGUACACUUUGCGGGCAAGCCGACAAUGAGGACGUUCUUCUUCUAUGCGAUGGAUGUGAUGCACCAUCUCAUCUAUAUUGUUUGGGACUUGAUGAAAUCCCCUCAGGAUCCUGGUACUGUCAACAAUGCGAGUCGCAACGUGCUCUGGGACCGGUACCCGAGGCACCAGCGCGGCCAUCUCGGGCGACCGAGCAGCGGAGUCGACGAACUAGAGCCCAGCAGAGGCGGCUACUGAGUUCGAACCAGGCGAAUUCCCUCCAUUGGGCGCGAGUCUGGCAGUCCGUUUGGGACCAUUUGAACCUCGAUCUUGAUUUCCCUUUCGACGAUGAUCGAUCUGCCGAACGUAUGAUGCAACAACGCCGUCGCGAGGAGGCCAACCAGCGUGACUUUCAAGCAUGGCAACGCCGCUUUGAGAUAGCCGAACGCCAAGGUGGUGGCCGACGAUUUCGCGACACGGCAUCUCUAUUCGACCUUGAGCAUGCCCGACCAUCGCGACCCCGGGUUCCCAGGGUUCCGACGCCGGAGCCUGAGUCCCUGGAAGAAAUGCGAGCUUGGAACGCCUUCGAAAGGGCACGAGAAAUUGAGAACAACCCCAACGCAGCUAGAAAGCGCAAAGAGCCGACCAUGUCACCGUCCCCUGAGCCCACAGAACCUGAGCGCAAGCUGAAGCGUCCUCGGACGAGAAGGCCCCAGGAGCUCGCAGCUCUCGCACAGCAAAGUCAAACUGGUGAAUCAUCCAGGGCUGCUGCCUCUAAUAUACGGCUCAAUGGUGAAAAUCCCACCGGACCAAGCUUCCUCUCGUCCCUAUUGAAGGAAGUCGAAGACGCUCCGAGUCGCACCCAUUCAUAUGGACCUUCGGCAUCAACAUCUGCUGCUCCUACCGAUCGCCCGUCUCCCGGUCCAUCUUCUCCCUCCAUCUCACCCUCCUCAUCACGUUACUCUUCUCCUGUUCUCUCAUCGGCCACACCGCCACCAUUCUCGCGAAGCCGGCCCAUCUCCCCACUCCAGCUCUCCUCCCCCGCCGAGCCGGCAUCACCUCCUUUCUCCCCCGAAGUAUCCUAUUCUGGCAGCCCAAUGGGGAAUGGUGCGAGCAAAGAUACUCCACACUCCCAUCCAGGUCGUCCUCGCUCCCGAAUCCCCCAACGGGCAUUGCAUCCCGGGGUCUCCCGAUCACCUGACUCAUCUCCUACUCGAGCCGGGCCAUCUCUAGCGCUCAAAGCCGACAUUCAGAAAAUGGUUGGCACUGCAUUGAAGCCUCACUUGAAGAAAAAGAUCAUCUCGAAAGAGCAAUAUACCAACAUCAAUCGGUCGAUCUCUCGCAUGCUAUAUGAGCGAGUCGGCGAUAAGGAAACGCUUGAGCCAGAUGAACGUACCAACCUCGAUACAGAGGCCAAACACGAAGUGCAGAAUACACUCGACGCCCUGAAGAGGAAGGGCAAAGAGAAACAGAAAGAGCGCAUGGUGGCGACCGACACAGACGGUGAUCUCUAA